AUGGCACCUACUAAACUUAAGAUCAAGGGCAACAAGGCCUUUUCACUUUUAUCAACUAUCGAUACUGAUGAAGAUUUAUCAAAAACUUGGCGCUUAAUGACAAAAGUUAAAGAUGCCUUAGAAUAUGGAAUGCGUUUGGAAAAUUUAUCAUGGCGUCUUUGGUUUAUGCAUCAUCUCAUGGUUCAUGACCAAAAAACUAAAACUCAAUUUAAAAAAUUAUCUAAUGCAACUACCAAAAAAUUGGAAAUUGAAAAAGCUACUGAGCUUAAAGACUUGACUGUUCCAAGUUAUCGGCCUAAGACACAAACACAAGAUCCCGUAGUUGAGAAGAAAGGAAAGAAAAAGGCUACGAAAAAACCCUCCACUCCUGUCAUGCAAUCGAAAAAGGGUAACCAUAAAAAUAUAAAAAACUCAAAAGCUGUCGAUUCUAUUCAAAUUGAUGAAAAUAUUACUCCUGUAUCUUCAAUUAGCGAAUCUACAAUCGAAAUUGAUGAAAGAAUACUCGUUAAUGUCACCCACGAUGUUGGUCAUGAUAACACUAAUGAAGUUCUUAAUUCGAUUAAUGAUAGUAGAUCACUUGAAGACAUAUGGAAUGCUGUAAAUAGUCGUCAUCUAUACUCCCUUCGCCAAUAUACUAGUGAUCAAGAUCCAUUUCAAGUUGUUUCUUUACCCAGCGUUUUCGACCGUAUUAAUGCCCAAGCUCUAUUACAUCCCAACCAUCAACCUGUCAUGCAACUUGAUUUGGAUCAAAUGAUUAAUGUUUAUAAUAUAUCUCCUGAACCUUCUGAACCAAAUUCUCCUACUAUGGAUUG